AUGAAAAUUAAAGAUAGCAAGGAGAAGAAGAAAAGCGUGCACAUGAAUGUUGCAGACACUUUUGAAGAGAUGGCAGUAGGUAGUACCUCCAACUCGAAAAAGGAAGGAGAAGCCCCACAAAAUCCCCCCACAAAAAAACCAAACCUCUUAAGCUCUCUCAAAGUCUCAAUCUUGUUCGUUUUCGGGUUUCUUUGCUGUUGGGUCUGUUUUCCCAUAUGUAAUGCAUCAGAAGAAAUCAGAAGCUCAGAUCGGAAAAGAAAGCAUCGGCCUCUCUUCCGAUUUCAACCCCACCACCUUCCUCUCCGCCGUCCCACCACCACCGUCUUUCUCCCCCACUUCGCUCCUUACCCAUCUCUCAAUGACGCCCCAAUCCCACAGACCAUACCCUACAAGCGUCCCCUUCUCACCCAAACCCCUUCCUCUCUAGUCAAAUCCCCCACCCUCUACAAGCUCCAACCCUCCCCUCAAAACCCACCUCUCUUCUCCCCUUCUCUCGCCGCCAAGUCCGCCUUCUUCCGCCUCCUCCGUCGCGCCAACCGCCUCCGCCGCCUCUUCCUCCUUCUCUCCCUCCCCUUCUUCUACUUCCUCGUCUCCCACCCCAGUCACUCCUUCAUCCUCGAUUUCCUAUCCGCAUUUGCUUUCUCGUCGGCAUUGCUGUUCUCGUUGAACUUGGCCCUCCCUCGCCUGCCCUCCAUUCGGCUUUUUCUGGCGAGGUCGUUCCCGAUUAAGCUGAAAUCCUCGGCUGCAUUGUCCAGGCCGCCGCUGCCGGUGUUCUGGUCGAUUGGUUCCCGGCAGAAGCAGGAGAAGAGAGGCGUGUCCGGGUGUUGGGUGCAGGUUUACAGCAAUGGGGAUGUGUAUGAGGGUGAGUUUCAUAAGGGGAAGUGUUCGGGGAGUGGGGUUUAUUACUAUUAUAUGAGUGGGAGGUAUGAGGGGGAUUGGGUGGAUGAGAAGUAUGAUGGGUAUGGUGUAGAGACUUGGGCUAGAGGGAGCCGGUACCGCGGGCAGUAUAGGCAGGGGCUUAGGCAUGGUUUCGGGGUGUAUAGGUUUUAUACUGGGGAUGUUUAUGCCGGGGAAUGGUCUAAUGGGCAGAGUCAUGGGUGUGGAGUUCAUACUUGCGAGGAUGGUAGUAGAUAUGUAGGGGAAUUCAAGUGGGGUGUCAAGCAUGGCCUUGGUCACUACCAUUUCAGAAAUGGAGACACUUAUGCUGGCGAGUAUUUUGCGGACAAGAUGCAUGGGUUCGGGGUCUAUCAAUUUGCAAAUGGUCAUCGUUAUGAGGGAGCCUGGCAUGAGGGUAGAAGGCAAGGCCUUGGUAUGUACACAUUUAGAAAUGGGGAGACUCAAGCUGGUCACUGGCAAAACGGAGUCCUUGAUGUUCCAAGCACACAGAAUACAACUAUUCCUGUUUCUCCUGUUGCCGUUAAUCAUUCCAAAGUCCUUAAUGCAGUUCAGGAAGCACGAAUAGUGGCGGAAAAAGCCUAUGAUGUGGCCAAGGUGGAUGAAAGAGUUAACAGGGCUGUCGUUGCAGCCAACAGGGCAGCCAAUGCAGCUAGAGUAGCAGCCGUGAAAGCUGUCCAAAAACAAAUGCAGCAUAAUAGUAACACCAACAACAUUCCAAUUCCAGUGGUGUGAAACUCCUCUGCGACAAGUUAUUAAUUGUUGCAAGUUUCUGAGGUUAGAACAGGAGGUCAUUAAUGACUUCUUUUCUUACGCCGGUUCAAGUUACAUGCUAAAUAGAUAUUGUCUUGCCUGUAGAAGAUGUUGCUGCUCUGAACUCAUCUACUCAGGAGGAUCAGCAAUUUACUUGUCAUUGUUUAUUAGGUUGUGUACAUAGAGCAGUGGGAAUGCCAGAGAGCAUUUGGGUGCUUUACUAAUUUCCGGUUGCAAAGUUAGUCCCUUUUUGUAUAGAUGAGAUAGAUGUAAUGUAAGUGCUGGUGCCUGGUGAAACUCUUGACCCAGCCUGUCUGUUGUAUUUUAACAAGGUGAAAGGAAUUCAAUAACCAAUGAAAUCUGCAAUUG